GAAUCAAUUGACUGACGGAGAUUGUAGUAGUGUUCAUAUGAAAGAGAAUUUUGUCCAGAUUUUUAACCGUUGCCUUGGAAACAGAUCAAGCCAUACAACAGAAAUUUAGACUUUGUGGAAAUAAUCUAAGAUUAUAAUGUAGCUUUAGACUUUUCUAAGUUUUUGUACUCAUAAAGUGACACAGUGUUCAAACAGAUUGGGGAAAUCAUGACAAUGGAAAGGGAUCGGCGUCCUGAUUGGAUGGAUCAUUUGAACGAGGAUACAAUCGCUCGUCCUUAUCACGAUUCGUAUCCCUCGAGAUCUUAUCGGGGUGGGGGUGACAAUUCAUUACACAGGAGGGAGCACCACCACCGACACCACCAUUCCUCGCACCGGCACGGGGAGGAUCCAAGCGGAAAACUAGUGGGUGGAAAUACACAGUUUAUCCACGGACAAUCAGACAGUGAUUCUACUAUUCACAGCAGGAAAUCCAUUAAAUCCGAGGAAAGGAUGAAACAAAAACGGCUUGGACUCGUGCUUCUGUUAUUAAUCGGUGCUUUGUUGAUUGCUUUCGGAAUUGGAUUAUUGAUAUAUUUUCUUUUGAUGGAAACACCAGGGUUGUAUAAUAACGAUGUAUACAAAGCUAGGAUGAACAUGCCGAUCCUUAACAGAGAAUUUAAUGAUGCCAUGAGAAAUGUUUCCUCGGCAGAAGCACGAGCUUUGGCUCUUCCACUCUGCGCAGAGAUUGACAAGCACCUAAGAGACAGCCCGCUUGCUGGCAAAUACAAAGAAUGUGUGGUCAAACACAUCAAAGCGACAGAGACCUCACCCAUCACAUGCAAGUGCUCAGGAGGAUUAGUUUCCAGCAAAGGAAAAAGAGCCAAGGUCUUCUUUGACCUGGUGUUUAAUAGUCAGAUCACGCGUGAGGAGAUCGAUAAGAUACUGAGGGCACAUGCUACCUACGAAGAUAAAGAUGGACUGAGAUAUUUCAAGUUUAAGGACUUUGUUGUUGAUAUCAAUAAGAUCCUUAACCCUCCUGUGCUCCCGACACGAGGACCCAACAUUGAAAUCAUAGAUGCAACACUGACCAAUCUCUCAGUGAGUGUGUACAACCUGACAGACUGGACCAGUGACCUCUAUGUAAACACAUCACUGGCCUUCAACUCUUAUGCUGUCCCCUUCUGCAGAGAUCUUGACAAAAUCUUUCGAUUAAGUCCUUUGAGGGAGAGAUAUUAUGACUGCCAAGUGAAAGCAUUUGGGAAAGACCCUAGAACUGUGGUGGUGCACCUGAGGUUUAAAGGCAAAGCUUACCGGAACAUGAAGAGUGACAUUUUACAAAUAAUAAUCGACAAUGCGAAGAGGGUCCUGGACUCGGAGAAUAAAGAGCUCCGUAUGAUCGGAAAUCUUCUCAUCGAGCCACUGGGGGGAACCAGUAUAGAUGUUUUGAACAUUACUCUCAAUCUUGGUGGUUCAACGACCAUCAAGCCGACAAAAUCUGUCCCGCCAGCCACAGGGGAGCAAGUCGUAAUAGCAGACAUCACAGUUUAUUUAUACAAUCUAACUUAUGAUCCUCAACUGGAGGACGAAAACUCAGCAAUGUUCAUCAGCCAUGCUCAUGCUUUUUGUAAGGAUAUAGAGAAAAUCUACAUGUCCUCAUCACAGAAGCACUCUUUCAUUGACUGCAAAAUGUUUGAUUACAUGGCACCAGAUCCCGGACAGUCGUACACCAAGGCCAAGUUCAAGCUCCGUUUCCGCCACCCUUCCGUCUUCUCGCCACGGCAUUUCAAAGGGCUCAUCAGAACACGCACACCGGAGUUUGUACAGACUGACCUUAAUGCACUCACCAAGCUUUACACCUAUCUGGUGGGUCACGAUCUUGUCAUUCUGGAUAAGACCGGUUUUGAUGUGGUUUGGAGUACGGCUGUUACAAUCAUGCCUUCCACCCUCUUUAUGCCCUCCUCCCUGCAUAGUUCCCUAGACAUCAUAACCUCUAACGUGUUCGCCUCCACUCCGGGACUAACCUUCUACCCGUCUCACUUUCAUGGCACCUCCACUGUCUAUGUUCUGUAUGAUGCAACCAUUGCCAACAUCACCACUGGACUCUAUGACUUUCAGUACACCUCUGAUCUUGCUAACAGGAAUUCACCUAAGUUUGCGGAGUUGCAGGCUAAUUUCUGUGAUGAUCUGCGACGUUACGUGGAUAGAACACCUGUCGGCAGACAUUUACAGGACUGUAGGAUUGAUGAAUUUACGCACUUCCCAGCCAAUGUUAAGUUUCACCUCCUCUUCAACACGCCCAUUGGUUCCUACGUGAUGGAGAACAUCACCCACAUUCUGAAGGAUAUGGCGCCUCACCGAAUGAAGGACGGGUUUGAACUGGUGGACGUCGGAGAUCUGAAUCUGAUCUGGAACCGAUACCAUAUCGAUAUGAAGGUCACGAACUACACCAUGCACACUGCAACAGACAUCGCCCAUACGGGGACCAUCACUUUCCCCAGUACGGAGGGGCCCGGAAAAAUCAUGUAUUCUGCUACAGAAGUACGGUUCACCUGCGAUUUGUACAACCAGAGCAUCCCUAUAGAAUUCUCAGACAGGGCACAUUACUUGUUUAAACAACAACAGGAUCUCUUCUGCAAAGAUGUGAGGAAAAGCUACGCUGACAGUGUGAUGCACCCGCACUUCCUGGAAUGCUACAUAAAGGACUUUAAGUACAUCACACCAAGGCAGGUCCAGUUUGGACUCUACUUUGCCCACACAAUGACAAGCGGUCUUCAGAAGAAUGCAGUGGAUAUUCUGGAGAGUCAGUCUGUGAACAAAAAAAUUGGCAGCAAGACGUACAUAGAUCUUGGGAAGCUGUUCCUGGAGAAGGGGACGUGCGAGAUUCAGAUGAAACCCGUGAACUGGACUCACGAAUCGGAGCACACGUACCACUCCAUUCACCCCACCUCCACCUCAGUGCCAGUGGGACCCUCCUUCGAGAUUGACCAUUGCAUGCGGUUCCCUUGUCAACAUGGUGGCACGUGUCUGAAGUCGAUAUCUGGCUGGUACAUCUGUGUGUGUCCUCCCGGGUACUCCGGCCCAAACUGUGAAGUCAACAUCAAUGAAUGCAACAUGAACAUGUGUAUGAAUGGCGGAACUUGUGUGGACACCAUCGGAAGUUACUACUGUAAAUGUGACCAAGGAUGGGAGGGAGCACACUGUGAAAUCAAUAAGAAUGAGUGUGAUGCUCAGAACAUUUGUCUGUAUGGCGGGUCAUGCGUCGACACACCGGGCUCCUACUUCUGUAUGUGUGUAGAAGGCAGAACUGGCAAAAACUGUGAACAUGACAUUGAUGAGUGUGUGCAGGACAGUAUUUGCCAGAAUGGAGGCACUUGCUUUAACAGACCUGGAUCUUUCUACUGUAGCUGUGCUCAGGGGUGGACAGGGACUCUCUGUGAAACUGAUGUUGAUGAAUGCACAAACAAUGUAUGCCAACAUGGGGGCACCUGCCUGAAUACUCCAGGGUCUUACCGAUGUCUUUGUUCCACAGGGUGGACUGGAAAGUACUGCGAAAGAGACAUUCAUGAAUGUCUUGAGUAUGGUACUGUGUGUCAACAUGGCGGCACUUGUCGUAAUCUGAUGGGGGGAUACAUAUGUACGUGUCCUCCAGGAUGGACAGGAGACAACUGUACUAUAGAUGUGAAAGAAUGUCAGAGUAACCCCUGCCGAAACUCGCUGGGCUGUAUCGAGCUAGAGGGGUCCUACAAGUGUGAAUGUCCGCAGGGAUACACAGGACAGAACUGUGAUAUCAAUAUUAACGAGUGUAUGAUAUUGGAUCAAGCAUGCUCGGGACACGGAGACUGCAUCGACACGAUGGGGUCCUAUCGCUGUAUCUGUAACCCGGGGUGGACGGGCAGUCAGUGUGACGUCGACAUACCGGAGUGCACGCUGCUGAAGCCCUGUAAAAACAACGCCACCUGUAUAGAGAUGGAGGGAGGCUACAGGUGUGAAUGCUUACCUGGAUUCAGGGGCAAGCACUGUGAAGGAGAUCAGUUUGAAUGCACCAGUAACCCUUGUCGUAAUGGAGCCACGUGCAUGGAGACGUUUGGAUCAUUCUACUGUAGCUGUUCCUCAGGCUGGACUGGUCCUCUCUGUGAAACUGACCCAGAUGAAUGUCUUGUUCGCCCGUGUAGAAAUGGCGGAACGUGUUUGAACACUCUCGGGAGUUACCGCUGUGUGUGCGUGAAUGGCUGGUCAGGAAUGAACUGUGAAGUUAUAGACGACUGGUGUGAAAACCAACCAUGUUUGAAUGAUGGAAUCUGUGAGCUGACGAACACUGCCGGUCAGUUCAUCUGCACCUGUCCACCAAAUUGGCAGGGGCCAGAGUGUGCGCAAGAUUUUAAUGAAUGUGAGAAAUUUCCAUGUUUGAAUAAUGGAACCUGCUUAAACACACCUGGUUCAUUUGUUUGUCAAUGCACCAGUGGAUGGGAAGGGGACAUUUGUGAACGAGAUGUGAUUGAAUGUCAGAGUCAACCUUGUGAGAACAAAGGUGUAUGUAGAAACACUCUGGGGUCCUACAUAUGUGAAUGUCCCAAAGGUUGGACAGGGCCUAGAUGCAGAAUAGAUGUGGAUGAGUGUAUCCAGAGGCCCUGUGAAAAUGGAGGCUCCUGUAUAAACCUGCCCGGGAGCUAUGAAUGUAUCUGUCCUCGAGGAUUCUCAGGACCUCACUGUCAGAUAGAACACAACGAAUGUCUGAAUAAUCCCUGUCAGAACAGUGGUACAUGUUUCAAUACACCGGGGUCUUACUACUGUAAUUGUCCAGGCGGAUGGACCGGUCCAAACUGUACUCAAGAUGUGGAUGAAUGUCUGUUUGAGAAAGCUGUGUGUUUGUUCGGGGGAACUUGCACCAAUACUAUUGGAUCAUUUAAAUGUGUAUGCCCUCCUGGUCGAUCUGGACCCACCUGUGUUAUUGACAUAGAUGAAUGUUUGUUGGCCAAUCCCUGUGGUAACGGAGCUCGAUGUAUCAAUACUGAUGGUUUCUAUAAAUGUCUGUGUACACCAGGCUGGACGGGUCUGAACUGUACUGAAGAUGACAAUGAGUGUAAAGGUUACCCAUGUCGAAACAAGGGAACAUGUGUCAAUACCGUGGGGUCGUUCAAGUGUACAUGCCCACCCCAAUGGACUGGACCAAUCUGCGACUUCGAUGUGAAUGAAUGCCUGAACAUGAGUAUUUGUCGUAAUGGAGGGGAGUGUAUCAACAAGGUGGGGUCCUACGCCUGCUCGUGUCAGGAGGGCUGGACCGGUCAUAACUGUCACAUUGAUUAUAAUGAGUGUGCAAAGGACAGGAAUCCUUGCCUGAACGGUGCAACGUGUGACAAUCGCAACGGGACUUUUAACUGCAUAUGUCCACCCGGAUGGAAAGGAGCCUUCUGUGAUGCAGACAUCAAUGAAUGCGAAACUUUGGUAAGCCCAUGUCAGUUUGGAGGCACGUGUAACAAUAUUGACGGAUCGUAUUUCUGUGUUUGUCCUGAGGGCAGGGGAGGUGACUAUUGCGAGAUCAACAUCCAAGAGUGCCUAACAAUGCCGUGCAUGAAUGGUGGCAGAUGCAUCGAUUUAGAGAACGGUUUCCGCUGUGAAUGCUCUCAAGCUUACACUGGAGAAUAUUGUCAGAGUGACUCCAAUGAGUGCGAGAAGGUCAAUCCCUGUCAACACGCUGGGACCUGUGUAAACACACAUGGUUCCUACAGGUGUCGCUGUAAGGAAGGAUGGAAGGGACUUAACUGUGAAAUCGACAUCAAUGAAUGUGUGGUGUCCAAUCCUUGUCUGCAUGGAGGAAGCUGCUUCAACACGAUGGGGUCCUUCAGAUGCACGUGUCCCCCUCUCUGGACUGGGCAACGGUGUGAAAUAGAUGUGGAUGAGUGUUUGAGUAGUUUUCCCCCAUGUCUACAUGGUGGAACCUGUUUCAACAUCGAUGGUGGAUACACUUGUCAGUGUCCCAUUGGGUGGAGGGGAAAGAACUGCGAAAUAGAUGUGAACGAGUGUUACACUAUGCAGCCGUGUAGGAAUGGUGGGACCUGCCAGAAUAUUGACGGCUCCUAUCUGUGUCAGUGUAAGGAGGGCUGGACCGACCCGGAAUGUACGACAGAUGUGGAUGAAUGUUUAAGAAAUCCCUGUAUGUAUAAUGGCACCUGUUUGAAUACCAGAGGAUCGUACAUGUGUACCUGUCCUCGAGAACGAACAGGGAAAAACUGCAUGGAUGAUGUGGAUGAAUGUGUUCUGUUUUCUCCGUGUAAACAUGGGGGCACCUGCUUGAACAUCAAUGGAGGAUAUACCUGUAUGUGUAAAGACGGCUGGACGAGCACUAACUGUGAAAUGGAUAUUGAUGAGUGUCUAAGGAACCCCUGCUACAACAACGGAAGCUGUAUAAAUUCCUAUGGCUCGUUUUAUUGCCGCUGCCUUAGAGGUUGGACCGGACCUUACUGCCUAGAUGAUUUCAACGAAUGCUUGCAACUUUCUUGUGCCAAUGGCGGUACGUGCAUUAAUAUUCAGGGCUCUUACCAGUGUAGAUGUCCCAGUGGAUGGACAGGACAAAACUGUGAAAUAGACGAGAAUGAAUGUGAGAAGAACCCCUGCCUGAAUGGAGCAACUUGUUACAAUACCGUAGGAUCCUUUUCUUGUGUCUGUCCAGAUGGAUUUCUGGGCCUGUUGUGUGGAAAUGACACCAACGAAUGCCUGCAGUUUCCUGGUAUCUGUAAAAAUGGAGCCACCUGCUACAACACAGAGGGAUCUUAUAAAUGUGACUGUGCCCAAGGAUGGCGAGGCAAGAACUGUGGAAUCGAUGAGAAUGAAUGUUUAACCAUGAACCUUUGUGCAAAUGGUGCAACAUGCAUCAACACUGAUGGCUCCUACAGGUGCAGAUGUCCCCCAGGGUUUGAGGGGCCUCUCUGUGGAAAAGAUAUAAAUGAAUGUUUGAGCAAUCCUUGUAUGAAUGGAGCUAAUUGCAUCAACACGCCUGGCGGGUACACCUGUAACUGUAAAGAGGGAUGGACGGGACUGAACUGUGCUAAUGAUACAGAUGAGUGCUUGAACUUCCCGUGUUUACACGGGUCAAGUUGUGUCAACAAACCUGGUGGAUUUGAGUGUAUUUGUGUGGAGGGGUGGAAGGGAUCGACUUGUGCUAUCGAUAUCCUGUACUGUAUUGAUGCAGACUUCUGUUCUGGUCAUGGCAGCUGCAUCAGUAUGCCAGGCUAUGAUAUUUGUGAUUGUGAACCAGGAUGGAAGGGGCCUCACUGUGCUGAGAAUAAGAAUGAAUGUGUAGAGCUGGUGGAUGUGUGUAAGAACGGAGCCACAUGUACUGAUUUUGCCGGAGGAUACAACUGCACCUGUCUACCGGGAUUCAAGGGAGAGCACUGUGACAUUGAACAAUCGUGUUUGCACAUGCCGUGUCUGAAUGACGGACAAUGUAUCUCCAGAAACGGAAUCUAUUUUUGUCAGUGUACUGAUUUCUGGAAGGGAGAAUACUGCGACACUCCUGUGAACAUCUGCACUGAGAAUGUUGGGAUAUGCCAGAAUGGGGGAACGUGUAACUACCUCGGUGGAGCAUAUGAGUGCAUCUGUCCUCCUGGUUUCCAAGGAAAACAUUGUACCGAAAAUGUCAAUGAAUGUAAGAGUGAUGUUUACCCCUGCUUCAAUGGCGGGACAUGCUUUGAUCUGUAUGGAAGUUUUGAAUGCUUCUGUAAUAAAGGAUGGAGUGGACCAAUGUGUAACAAUGACACCAACGAAUGUGACAGCAGCCCCUGUCUGAACAAUGGAAAGUGUAUCAACACCGAGGGGGGCUAUCUGUGUGAAUGUACGCCGGGAUGGACUGCUAAUAGAUGUCAGAGAAACAAGAAUGAAUGCGUGAACUUCCCAUGUCUUCACGGUGGGACCUGUAGAGACACAAUCGGGUCAUUCAGAUGUUCAUGCACCCAGGGCUGGACUGGAGAGAUUUGUGGGGACGAUAUUGACGAGUGCAGAAAUAAUCCGUGUAUCCAUGACGGAGUUUGUAGGAACACCAAUGGCUCCUAUAUUUGUGAAUGUCCGAAACAGUAUACAGGCAAAAACUGUGAACUAGAUUUAGACGAGUGUCGAAUGAUUCGGUGUCAGAAUAAUGCCACGUGUCAGAACCUGGAUGGAUCUUACCGCUGUGUGUGCCGCGAUGGAUUCGAAGGAGAAUACUGCGAGAAAGAUAAAAAUGAAUGCCUGACUCUUGCUCCCUGCUUACACGGAGGAACGUGUGUCAAUCUGAUGGGCGGAUACAGAUGUGAAUGUCCAGAGGGCUGGAUCGGGAAGGACUGCAACAGAGACAAGGAUGAGUGUCAGUAUUUCCCGUGUAAACAUGGUGGUACCUGCAUGAACAACGAUGGUUCCUACCGAUGUAUAUGUCCUCCGGGAUUCACCGGACGCACCUGUGAUGCAGAUCGGAAUGAAUGUGAGCAAAAUCCCUGUCAAAACAAUGGAACCUGUCGGAACACCCACGGGUCUUAUUACUGUGAAUGUAAUUACGGCUGGCAGGGAUCUUUGUGUUCUGACGAUGUUGAUGAGUGUAAGUUAAACCCGUGUUUGUAUGGUGGUAUGUGCAUCAACACACCUGGCUCGUAUGUCUGUCAGUGCAAACCAGGACGCACAGGAAAGGACUGUAGAAAUGACACCAAUGAAUGUGAAAGAAGUCCAUGCCAGAACGGAGGAACCUGUGUAAAUACUGAUGGCUCUUAUACCUGCAAGUGCACACAGUACUGGCAAGGAGAAAACUGUCAAAUAGAUGUGAACGAGUGUGCUUUAGCCUACAGUGUUUGUGAACAUGGCGGUCAGUGUAUUAAUCUGGCAGGGAACUACACAUGUAAUUGUCCAGUAGGAUGGACGGGUCAUGGCUGUCGGAUAGAUGUAAAUGAGUGUUUGAUGAAUCCGUGUAUGAAUAAUGCCACGUGCAUAAAUACGGACGGUUCCUUCAUCUGCCGAUGUACACCGGGCUGGAGCGGAAACAUCUGUAGUGAAGACGUGAAUGAAUGCCCCAUGUUCCUGUGUAAGAAUGGAGCCUCCUGUCAAAACACCCUGGGCAGUUUUGUGUGUCAGUGCCUGCUGGGCUGGGAGGGACCCCUCUGUGAUAUCGAUAUCAAUGAGUGUCUAAGAAAUCCCUGUUUACACGGAGGCCGCUGCAUCAACAGUCCGGGCUCCUUCUCCUGCCAGUGUACAGAAGGAUGGAUGGGAGAUCUGUGUGGGGAGGAUUUUAAUGAAUGCAUGCAGUUGCCUUGUCGAAAUGGAGCUACCUGUAAAAAUCUUAAUGGCACAUUUGAAUGCAUCUGCCCACAGGGAUACACUGGAAAUCUGUGCACAGGAGAUGUGAAUGAGUGUUUGUCCAAUCCUUGUAAGAAUGGUGCUAGAUGUAUUGACACUCCCGGUUCCUUUCAAUGUAUCUGUCCCCCUCAGUGGGAGGGUCCUCUCUGUAACAAAGACAAGAAUGAGUGCUUAAAUCCCAAUGCUUGUCUAAAUGGAGGAACUUGUAUCAACAUCAAUGGUGGAUACCAGUGUAAAUGCCCCCCAGGAUUCUCCGGAGAAUAUUGCACAAUGGACAUCAAUGAGUGUGUUGAGUUUAUGGGGAUCUGUCAGAAUGGAGGUUUUUGUAUUAACACGCUCGGUAGCUACCAGUGCAGAUGUACCGACCAUUGGGAGGGAACAAACUGCACCAUUGAUGUCGAUGAGUGUAAAAUGCAGGUGUGCAAGAAUGGUGCUACCUGUGUCAACACACCUGGGAGUUUUGAGUGUAAAUGUCUGCCCGGCUGGCGAGGGGAUAUGUGUGAGCAAGAUUGGAAUGAGUGCCUGAAUUUCACCCUCUGUCAGAACAAUGCCCUCUGUAUCAACACCCAGGGAUCUUUUACCUGUCAGUGUCAGGUGGGCUGGGAAGGAAAAUACUGUCAUAUAGACAUCAAUGAGUGUCUGAUCAAUAACCCAUGCCUCAAUGAUGCUGUAUGUGAGAACACUCCGGGGUCCUACGUCUGUAGAUGUAAGCCGGGUUUCGAAGGCGAUCUUUGUCAGUACAAUCAUGAUGAAUGUAAGAGUAACCCCUGUAAAUUCGGAGGAACCUGUAUCGACACGGUCGGCUCCUACAUCUGUCAGUGUCCACCAGGAAGAGCCGGCAGAAACUGCGACAAUGAUACUGAUGAAUGUCUGAACAACCCAUGCCUGAAUGGAGCAACAUGUCAAAACCUUGUUGGGAGCUUUAAGUGCACAUGUCCUCCAGGAUUUACAGGAGUGAGAUGUGAAAGUAAUAUCAAUGAAUGUGUGCUGUACCGACCUUGUAAGAACGGUGCCACGUGCUACGACAGUUUUGGAUCCUAUUCCUGCAGUUGUGCUCCAGGAUGGACAGGAAAAGAUUGUGAUACAGAGAUAAAUGAGUGUCUUGUUAUACGACCCUGUCAGAACGGAGCAGAAUGUGUCAACACGCCGGGGUCCUACAAAUGUAUCUGUAAACCAGGCUGGACUGGCACUAACUGUGAAAUAGAUAUCAAUGAAUGUUACGACAGACCGUGUAUGAACGGAGCCCAGUGUAUCAACAACCAAGGCUCUUUCAAGUGUAUCUGUCCCCCAGACUACACAGGACCUCUCUGUGAAACAGCUAUAAUAACAGGAUUUAAGUUCCAGUCAAUAGCCAGGAACUUAACUUUUACCCCGGGUUUACGGGACAACAGAACAUAUGAAUUUAGGGCUCAUGCUGAUUUGUUUUGUGCUGAUAUCGAUAAAAUCGUAAGAAAAUAUCCAAAUGCAUUUCUCGAUUACAAAGAAUGCAAAGUAACAGCUUAUGGAGACAACCCCACCUCUUUAUUCUGGGAACUAGUCUUUACUGGUGACCAGCCCUCACUUAGUGAGAAACAAAUUCUAGACAUCAUCUAUAAGGAUCUCCCACACUACUACUAUAAGGACUCGGAGGGAGUCGUCAUUGGAGACAUCUUUAUCCACAUCAAUGACUACGCCACCACCAAACUUCCAAUGGACCUGCAGAUCUUAAAUCUGACCUGGUCUGAUGAGCUUAUGAACCCCAACUCCUUCAUGUUCCAGCAGUAUUCAGCAGACCUCUGUAGAGAUUUACAAAGAAUUGUCGGAACAACAGGAGGUGACCUGCCUAAGUUAGUGGGCUGUGACGUCAAACAGUAUGGAAAUAAUCCGACCAGGGUGUACUUUGACUUGACCUUUGAAGGAACCCAUUUUACUCCUUCCCUCCAGCAGAAGUUCUUCCAGCUCAUGAAGGAACAGCCUCUCCAGAGAUACAAGAAUUUCCUGGGCUACUUACUCGGCCAAUUCCUGAUAUUCUCCGAGUAUUACACGGACUACACCACAGUGCCCCUGACCUUCCGAGUCCUGAAUCUGACUUACACCAGCGAUUUAAUGGACAAAAACUCCUUCAGAUACAAACAACAUGCCAGACUUUUCUGUGAAGAUAUUGACACGCUGAUGAGAUCUCACAAACGAGUUCUUCCAACAUACGAAGGCUGUGAAGUCGUUCAGUUCGGAAACAACCCUACAACUAUAUCUGUUGACCUCCAGUUUGGGGGAUUGGUAAAUAUUGGAGAAUACAAGCAGAUUGUAGCAGGCAUUAUAUUUGAGGAUGCUCCAAGAUUUAGAUACCUCAAUAAUUUGGGACAUCUCGUGGGAGACUUGUUAGUGUUCUAUGACAGCUGGGAGUAUAUACUUCAUGAUGCUUGGUUAUCAAACAUGACUUAUUUCAUCCACGAGUUCUCCUACAAUCCUCAAUAUGGAGAUUCUAACUCGGCUCUAUAUAAAGACUUUGAGAAUCUCUUCUGUGGUGAUAUUGACAAUUUCUUCAAGAACAGUCAGCUUUCUGAUAGAUACUACAGAUGCUUCUUUACAAGGAUAGGAGACACACCUGUGCACACCUUGACCUUUAAUGUGAUAUUUAACGGUACAGAGGAGAUACAGAAGGAUUUGAUACAGGACACGAUCAGUAAGCAGGCAGACCACUUCAAUGUGGAGAAUAAGGACAUGAUGUUUAUCGGACAGCAGCUGGUGUACCUAGGAGGGGGGAUGGAAAACUUCCCGAUCAACAUCUCAGACUACCUAAUACAGAGCUAUGUGCAGACCACGGAAAGUCCGGUGAAUACCAUUAUCAACGCCUCCUUUGUACUGCUGAACCUGACCUGGACUCCUGACUUGUCCAAUCCUAAAUCAGCAGCCUUCCGAUCUAUCGCAGAACCAUUCUGUCAAUAUCUGACUAACUUGUACAUAGGGAGAGACAGAUUUAGAGAUAUUUAUGAGAAAUGUGAAGUGGCAUCCAUCACAACGGAUGGGGCGAGAGAAAAAAUCAACUUUGUGCUGCAGUUCAAAGGUCAACAGGACGAGACUUUGCAGGAAUAUAUCUUUGGUAUUCUGAUAGAAAUAGCCCCGCGUACCACAGUCAAUGGCCAGAUUUCUAUUGUGGUAGGCCCACUGGCAGUUUACGAACAGUCGUUGGCCAUAGAACAGGCCACAGUGGCAGUGGUAACUACUGCACUUCCAAUAGGAAAUAUGGGGGCUGGCUCAAUCUCCUUGAGGCCUGACAAAUUGUGUGAAGGGGUUACAACCCAAGGAGAGGAGUUUCAUCGGUCGGAGAACUGUUGGGAGUUUAUUGUGUCUUUUUUGCCUACCAAUCCUGUACAGGAGACUACCACCCCAAUGGUCACCACCACCGUCGCCACCACACAGGCCUCCACAGACCCCUGUAAACCUAAUAAACACAAUGAAUACCUAGCAGUACCUGGGGACUGCAGAAUGGAGAUCUUGUCAGACGAUAACGCCUCCGAAUCCCGCUUCCCCCUCAAGAAACCGUUGCCUCCUAUAGGGACAGGAGGGGACAAUGACGAAUUUGACCUUCCAAACUCUGACUCAGAGAGUGAAGACGAACAAAUAAACUCAAAAGACGACGAUGACAAGUCCAGUGUGUCCAACGCCUCAUCUAGAAACAGACAAAAUCAAGGAAGUGGAAAAUCUAAACCAGCCGUAUUACGAGGAUUUCGUAGGGAGGCUCCAUCAGAACCAGAGUCAGGAACAGACAAAAGUUCAGAGGACAGCACACCCACUGUGAGAAAGUCCAAGUCUAGUGCAAAGAAGGACAUCAUGAAAAGAAAAACUUUUGAUGGACGUGAAGUAACGUUCAUUACAGAGAAUACCCAGACAGACUGGGAUUGGCUGGAGGAGGCAGAAAAGUCUGGAAAGGCCCGCCUUCUGGGACCAAGAGAUAGUCUAAACUCUUUGCAUGAAGAUGAUGAUGAUCCUUCAGGCAAGAAGGAGGAGUCUAAGUCGGACAUGCCUGUGCUGCAGGAGGAGUCCUCGGGUACCUCCCCCUACCCAGUCAAUGACGAGUUCGGAGUCCCCAUGUUAGAACUCAGUAGCGACUCUGAUACGAGUUCAGAUGAGGAAGAAUACACCGGGAGAAAGGUACAGGACGAUCGUACUUUUAUGCCUAGCAUUGGUCCGCCGCAGAUCCUGCAGUACAACAGAGAAUCGGAGAAAAAGGAAAUUGAGGUCAGUGACCCUUCUGAGCGUGCUCAGGAGGAAGAGGUGGAGACAGAAACGGAUGAACAGGGUCGCAUUUACGGUAUGUUUGGAGGGACGUGUGAAUUCUGUGGACAUGCUGUACAGCCAUGGCCUACAGUAGAACAACAACAGACCUUACCUCCAGAUCAGUUGUAUUGUUGUAACGAGUACCGCGAGUUUGUAGAAUUUACAACAGAACAGGCGCAGCUCAUGGAGUCGCAACAUCGCAACCAGACCAAGAAAAUCAACAUUUCUUCACAUCCUCACUACGGAAGCUCCAAAGAGGACAGGAAGGUGGCUAAAGAGAGGGCAUUACAGAGGAUGAGAGAGAAAGAAAUGCAGAGGAAACAACAAGAAGCCUCAGGAUUUCAGCAGCAGUCAAAUUUCUAUUCUUAUAGCCAAUCACCACCGCCUUUACCGAGCAUAGAUGAAACUUUUGAUACACAUGGUAAAACUCCUACCAAAUCAGGGUUAAGUUUCCAUAAAUCUAGGUCCACUGGCAGUUUUAUUCACUCGCUGCCCCGCUCGGGUGCCAGUAGGCAGCAAGAAAAAAACGACAAAAUACUGACCUACGCAGAACUUCGAAACCCAGAAAGUCGCUCUGGGCUGGCAGUUGCCCAGAAGAUGAAAACCAUAAAUUAUCAGCUCUCCUCCCAGAAAUGUUUGGAGGAGGGCUGGACUGUCCGUCCCCCAAGCCCGCUUCUUGCCGAUGACGAGGACGACACAUUCAUUCCAGAGCCUCUCAAUAUAGACCUCAUCCGCAGUGGAAAGCUGGGUCUUGUGGAGAAGUUCUAUGAAAAUGGACAAAAGUUCCUGACCAUGUUUCCAGAUGGAACGGGGAAUAUAUUCUAUCCAUCAGGUAACCUAGCCAUUGCCAUAAGCUCCGUGCAGCUGGGACAGUUUAAUUACGUGGUGCAGGCGGACACGGAGAAGUCCAAUAUUCUGGCCGUGUUUGAACCCAAUGGAUACGCCUCCUGUUAUCACUGGAAUGGCGUCCUACGAUUAUGUAUGGACCAGUUGGGGGGGAUAGAACUAGAUGACACAGGUGCCAAGAAGAGGAAGUGGUUGUGGAAGGACCAGCACACUCAUGUUCAUGCUCCACCAUUCCAACCUAUCCACUUCAGUCUCAAUCAGUACAUCGGGAUCAGGAUCCUGACCCAGGAGAGAAUGGUCCUCGACUUUAGCGACAAGGACCGAGGAAAGAGGUUCAAUGUGGGGUCCAGACUGAAGCUGAAUAAUGUUGAAAAGAUUCCACCAAAAGAAAUCGAUGAAAAUCUUUUGUAUUUGGAGGAGCAGAAAAUCCGCGUAGAGAAAACGUUGGACAAGGUGGCCACACUGUUGAAAUUCCCCAAAUCUCCCAAGAUAGACAAAAUAUUACCUCCCCUUCACGUGACCUCCAAGGCCCUGAAAACGGAACGGCUAAGGCAAGAAAGGGCUAAUCAAAUAGCAACGCAGGAGGCCAAGAAAAAUAAACAGGCCCCCAUCCCUGCUCUGAGUUAAACGUGUGACAGAACUCAUUGUUUUCCAUAUCUGUGUUCAGUUUUGUCAGAAGUUGAUUGUAAGACUUGUUUGAAUCAUCAUGACCGGGUGUAGUCUAUUUUUAAUUUCCAGUGUAAGUGUUUCUAUGUAGAGAGUUAUAUUUAUUCUCAUUCUCGGGAGUUUGAAUGGCAAUAUAGUUAUAGGUAUGCAGAUAUAUAUAUAUAUACACAUAAACUGAAGUACACAUGCUGCCAAAUCUUGCUGCUCUCUCUAUAUAUAUAUUGCAGCAAUAAAUUGUAGAUGUCUUAGUCAAACUUCGUACACCUUGCUUCUGUUCACCAUACACCGGGUAUGUCCUUGCUUGUAGCUCAACAUAAAUACGUCUACUAGUCAUAUAGAAUACUGUCUUUUUAUAGUCACUCUUUACCGUCAAAUAGAAUACUGUCUUUUUUAGAGUCAUUGUCAUUUUGAUAUUUUUUCCACCUUUUUGUGUACACAUCUGUAUAUGGAUGUAGUUGGGGUUGUUUUUUCUUCUUCUGUGAUAUUUGUCUUUUAUGGUUUGUUAUUUGUUAUUCUAUAAUCAUUUUGUUAGUCUGCAGUGUGUAGAAUAUUCCAUCAUUGUUAAGGUAAUGCCAUACACAACACACACUUCCACUUUUCAAAAGCUGAAUUAGGGGAAUUUGGUAAUCAUAGAUUUUGUGAUGAACAUUUUAAGCUGUUUGAACUUCUUUCAAAUAUCGUUAAAAAUCUGUCUGUUGAUAUCAGAUUCGUGCACUGCUGAUCAUGUGACUAAAUAUAGUGUUUGUGGAUUAUACUGCUGAUAAGUUGAUAUAUUUUUAGACUCGCUUUUUUGAACAUUAUUACAUGUUAACACAGUAUUAUAUGCAUUUAUAUACACAUUGCACAGGAUACUAUAAGUAUCCCGAUAUUUGUCUCUGUACCAGCACAGCUGAAAUGGAAAAUUUCACUGGUUCAAACAAUCCAGUGACAGGAUUGUUUUUUUUUUUUAAUGAUUAGUUUUCGUUUCCCAUUUUGAAGAGUUUUGUUAUAUAUUAUACAUUAAAUCAUAAGUUUAUUUGCAUAUCAAACAUUGUAUAAAACAAAGAUUAAAUCCUUAAAAACUCU